CUAGUGGUCAUGCUUCUUAGAAGUCAAGACGACCUGGCUCUUGACUCCGAUACACUGUUUCUAGCGGUCAACAUCUUGGAUAGAUACAGUUCGAAGAGGAUUAUUAAGAGACGUCAUCGUAGACUACUUGGUGGUGUUGCUCUUCUUAUAGCAAGUAAGUAUUUGAACCGGACUGAC